GAUGAGGGAACAGCACGCAUGCGCGAUACCAAAUCUAAAUGAGUUUCAGGGUAAAGCAAAUGAAAAAGAAAUCACCGAGUGGUUUCGAUGUAAGACCCUGGCUACUGGAACAGGCUCGGCGCCAACUUGGCGGGAGCGUCUAGACCACCUAUAUUGGUUAGCUUACGUCUAUCUUGGACGUCGUCGCCACAUAGCGAUGACUUCGGUGCUAGUUAGGUCGCCGAAUGAUUCUGUGAGAUAUUCGGCGUGCGCAAAAACGGAAGAUGAAAACCAAGAAGCUGGCUGCGAACCGGUUGCGAAUGUCAGUAAUGAUGAUACAGAGGAUAUAGCCAAUGGCCCUCGAACAGAUAGGACCAAAUUAAUUGGAGGGUCGGCUAGAAUAGGAUCUGUACCCUCCUCUUCUGGGAGAAAUGCCGAAUUAAAAGGGAAAUCCACAUCCAGGGGCUCCUUAUUCGAAAUUGUGACAAAUAAAUUUAAUAAGAAGCAACAUAAUAGAACAUUUUCAAAAGAGUCAGUCGCAUACAUUAACAGAGCUCAUAUCUCUGAUCAGGUAGCUAGGAAGGAUGUACGUAAAUUGAGAAGGAAGGAAAUUGACGAAAAAUUUGGUAAGAGGGCAAGAAAAGGCGGAGCUCGAUUCGAUCUUUUGGAUUCCUCUACAGUCAGUUCGCAAAAAAACUCCUGCAAUUGGACGUUUGUUUUCGAUCCUUCUGGUAGAUUGGCCUACUGGUGGUCAUUGAUUGUUAGUAUGGCAUUCAUCUAUAACUUUUGGGUGAUGAUAUAUAGAGUUGCCUUUGAUGAAAUCGACCACAGUAACAAAGCUAUCUGGUUUUCUAUGGAUUAUAUAGCCGAUCUCCUCUAUGCUUUAGAUAUAGCCUUCCAUUUUCGGACUGGUUACUUGGAGGAUGGGAUUUUGGAAUUUUCUAGACAGGACAGAAAGGCAUACCAAUUAUCCAAACGUCGUUAG